AGGUGCUGAGUUCUAAGUGGGGACUUCUUUGGUUUAAGAAAGAUGCACACAUGUUUCUGCCAUCUUUCCACCAAAAUGAUGCACAUGGAGGUUCUGGCUGAUGCUCUCAAGAGCAUCAACAAUGACAAAAAGAGAAGCAGAUGCCAGGUUCUUAUCAGGCUAUGCUCUAGAGUCAUCAUCCAGUUUCUAACUGUGAUGCUGAAGCAUGGUUACAUUGGUGAGCUUGAAAUCAUCAGUGCUCACAGAGCUGGCAAAAUUGUUGUGAACAUCAUAGGUAGGUUAGACAAGUGUAAGGGGACCAGCCCCAGAUUUGAGGAGCAACUCAAAGAUCUAGAAAAAUGGCAGAAUAACCUGUUCCCGCUCCAUCAGUGUGGUUUCAUUGUACUGAUAGCCCCAGCUGGCAUCAUGAAAUGUGAGGAAGCAAGACAAAAAAACACAGGAGGGAAAAUCCUGAGAUUCUUUUUCUAG